CAAUCGAUCGCCAGACCGCAUCACCCCGUGCAUCACGUGAAAAGUUGCGAUGAGCCGUUCCGUAACUGAACUUUAAUUUAAUUCCUGACAAUCCCGAGGACUGUUAGGAAAAAAUCCCCGACAUCCUCUUCACUCACCGGGUCUAUUUCAUUGGGUUCUUACAAGCUCAUUCUGAAGUGAAGAGCAAAGGAAAAUGUCUAUCCGCUCGACUCUACGUUCCGUGAGACCUCUGGUCGCGCGCCGGUUCUACGGUGUUCCGGCGGGCUACACGCCUUUGACUGUCGACGGCUUUGUCGGCGCGGUUGGCAAUACCCCGCUUAUAAAGCUGAAGGGACUGAGUGAGGAGACCGGGGCUAAUAUUUAUGGAAAAGCGGAGUUUAUGAAUCCCGGCGGGUCUGUUAAGGAUCGCGCGGCACUGUACGUUGUCAAGGAUGCUGAAGAGAAGGGUCUCAUUCGCCCUGGUGGAACGGUCGUCGAAGGCACGGCAGGAAACACCGGUAUCGGCCUCGCCCACAUCUGCAGAGCAAAGGGCUACAAGUGCGUGAUCUACAUGCCCAACACGCAGAGUCAGGGAAAGAUCGAUCUUCUCCGUCUGCUGGGCGCCGAGGUGCACCCUGUUCCCGCGGUCGCGUUCGAUAACCCGAUGAACUACAACCACCAGGCCAAGCGCCAUGCCGAGAGCAUGGACAACGCGGUAUGGACCAACCAGUUCGACAACACCGCCAACCGCCAGGCGCACAUCGAAACCACCGGCCCCGAGAUCUGGGCCCAAACCGGCGGCAAGAUCGACGGCUUCACCUGCUCGACCGGCACCGGCGGCUCCUUCGCCGGCACCACGCGCUUCCUCAAAGAAGCCAGCGACGGCCGCGUCAAGGCGUUCCUCGCCGACCCGCCGGGCUCGGUCUUGACCAGCUACGUCAAGUCCGGCGGCGUGCUGCUCGAUCGCGCGGGUUCGAGUAUUACCGAGGGAAUCGGCCAGGGACGGGUGACCGAUAACCUGGCGCAGGAGAUUCCGCUGAUUGACGACGCGAUGACGAUCUCGGACGAGAAGACGAUUAAGAUGAUUUAUAGACUCUUGGACGAGGAGGGCUUGUAUCUCGGUGCUUCGUCGUGCUUGAACGUCGUUGCGGCUUAUGAGAUGGCUCAGACUCUUGGAAAGGGAAGCACUGUCGUCACCCUUCUCUGCGACGGAGCCUACCGCUACGCUGAUCGCCUUUUCAGCCAAUCUUGGCUUGAGAGCAAGAAGCUCCGCCAGGAAAUUCCACCUCAUUUGGAGAAGUACAUCGUCCUGCCAUAAAGCGUCCUUCAUUCCUCCUCGACGAGCUACCUGACGCGCGCGGAAUAGAAAAAAAUAAUAUACAUCUAAUAUUUUGUCUACUAGGUCUUCAAAAGAAGACAACAUGUGCACUACUAGAUUCAAAUGUAUAAUUGCAUUAGAAGAUAAGAAACAAAGGGAUUUAAACGAACUUUUCAUGACGAUGCAUCGACAUCAUCAACAACCUCCACCGCCUGCCUCAACUCUCUAAUAAUCUCGUCGUCGUCGUCGUUGCCGCCUGUAAUAAGAAGUAUGGAUUAUAACACGCAAGCUCCAUAAUAUAAAAAACAUAUGUGAAUAGGAAAUAUGAAACAUGAACUGAAUUUACAAUAAGAAACAGAAUGAAAAGAGUAAAGAAGAAAAAAAUAGAUAAUGUAUGAAGAAGGAGAAGGGAGAAUAAG